AGCACUUUUUUUGUGACUUUCCACAAUGCUGUUUUCGUACUAUACAUAUCUUUAAUAAGAAGAAACAGAUAUUUUCGACGUGGAGCCCUCAUGGAAGCCGCUUGUCUUUGAAAAAGCUGGGGACCUCUACCCAGGCAAAAAGGGAGACCCGCUCAAUUGUUUCCUGCGCCAAGAACUGUAAAGACAUGGUCAUUACACCGCAUCUUUGAUGAACAGCAAGCAGUCAGCGUGAGGAAGUGUCAGAGGAUGCUCCUUAUCCGUGGGGCCCAGUGCUGAGGGAGGUCCACAGAGCCAACCGGUGCCCAACAUGUCUCACCACCAACACUACCAGCGAGGCCCCCAUGGCCGUACUAUGAGCUCUGAGGAGAGGAGCUCCACGCCUAUCAACAAGACCUCUACACCGGUUCACAAGAGCGCCUCCUCCUCUUCCUCCUCCCAGCGCGACAGCCGCCAGGAGGCAGACAGCUGGGAAAUCAUUGAGGGGCUGAAAAUUGGUCAGAGCAACGUCCAGAGGCCAGAUAAACACGAGGGCUUUAUGCUGAAGAAACGGAAAUGGCCCCUGAAAGGCUGGCACAAGCGUUUUUUUGUUCUGGACAAUGGUAUCCUAAAGUACUCCAAGUCCCCCAUUGAUAUCCAGAAAGGCAAACUGCAUGGCAGCAUUGAUGUCGGCCUCUCAGUCAUGUCCAUCAAAAAGAGGGCCCGUCGAAUCGACCUGGACACUGAGGAGCAUAUCUAUCACCUGAAGGUCAAAUCUCAAGACAUUUUUGAUGCCUGGGUGUCCAAGUUGCGUCAUCACCGGCUUUACCGCCAGAAUGAAAUUGUGCGAUCCCCUCGGGAGGCCACCAUGCGAACGUUUCCUCCACCGACUGCUAUAGAGUCACCCCAACCUGCCCCCAGUGUGGUACAUGAAGCCAAGCAGGCCAAGCCCAGCAGCUUGCCGUGGCAGCCGGUGGUCCCCAAUAACAGCAGCAACAGCAGCCUGCCUGCUUCCUAUAGUAACGGCCAGAGUAAGGUGGUAGCUUGGCUGCAGGAAUCAGAGGAAAUGGACAAAUGUGCAGAGGAGCUUGCACGAUGCCAGUCCAAUCUGACCGAGCUAAGCCGGCUACUGCAGAGUCUGGAGAUUCUACAAAGGACACAGUCAGCGCCCAACUUCACAGAUAUGCAGACCAAUUGUGUAGAAUUGUCAAAGAAAGAAAAGCGCUUGAACAGAAGAUGGCGAACAAAAAGUGUCGGCAAAGAUCCAAAAUUCCAGCUUCAGGUCCCUCUCUCUGCCAGCAUGUCCCCCAUCCGCCUCCACUCAUCCAACCCCAACCUGUGUGCAGAGCUGGUGGACUUUCAGCCCCCUGUUUCACGGCUGACAGAUAGUGUAGACUGCGCCAGUGACUACAUUAAACUUCAGGAGGAAUUCUGCACUAUUGCCCAGAAAGUCCACUCUCUGCUGAAGUCAGCCUUCAACACCGUGGCUAUAGAGAAAGAAAAGAUCAAACAGAUUCUGUGUGACCAGGAGCAGUCAGACCAGUCAACCCAGAUCAACUCUCUCAGGAAGUCUCUGUCACAGGCCCUGUCCCAAAACGCAGAACUUCGAACCCGACUCAACCGCAUCCACUCUGAAUCAGUCUUGACAGAACAAGUUGUCAGUGUGAACAUCAUCUCGACACCUGAUGAGGCUGUGGAACAGAUGGGGAUCCCUCUGACUCAGCAGGCCUCUAAUGAGAGCCGACUCUCCAUGUCGGAGUCUGUCUCCGAGUUCUUUGAUGCCCAGGAAGUGCUUCUGUCAGCCAGCUCAUCGGAGAAUGAGGGCUCAGACGAUGAGUCAUAUGUCAGUGAUGUGAGCGAUAACAUUUCGGAGGACAACGCCAGUGUGACUGAUAACGUCUCCAGACAAAUGGCCAAUGGAGACUUUGCUGGCUGUUCCUUCCGUAACGGGCGGCGUACCUGCCUGCCGGCGCCCUGUCCUGACACCAGCAACAUCAACCUCUGGAACAUCUUGCGAAACAACAUCGGCAAGGACCUGUCCAAAGUGUCCAUGCCCGUGGAGCUCAACGAACCUCUCAACACCCUGCAGCGCAUGUGUGAGGAACUGGAGUACAGCGAACUGCUGGAUAAGGCUGCUGAGACCGAGGAUCCCUUUGAACGCAUGGUUCUCGUUGCUGCUUUUGCCAUCUCAGGCUACUCAUCCACUUACUACAGAGCAGGAAGUAAGCCAUUCAACCCGCUACUCGGAGAGACUUAUGAAUGUAUUCGAGAAGACAAGGGCUUCUGUUUUUUCUCUGAACAGGUGAGCCACCACCCUCCCAUCUCCGCCUGCCUCUGCGAGUCGAAGAACUUCACCUUCUGGCAAGAUGUAAGAUGGAAAAACAAAUUCUGGGGGAAAUCAAUGGAGAUAUUACCAGUCGGCACCGUGAAUCUUAUGAUUCCCAGGUUUGGAGAUCAGUAUGAAUGGAACAAAGUCACCACCUGCGUGCACAACAUCCUGAGUGGACGACGGUGGAUUGAACACUACGGGGAGAUCACUAUUAGAAACACAAAGAGCAGCGCCUGCCUCUGCAAACUUACAUUUGUCAAGGGAAACUACUGGAGUUCUAAUGUGAACGAGGUCCAAGGAUUUGUGAUGGAUCAGGAGGGGAAAGUGAUCCACAGGCUUUUUGGAAAAUGGCAUGAGGGCCUUUACUGUGGCGUCCCACCUUCUGCCAAAUGUAUUUGGAGGCCAGGUUCCAUGCCCACAGACUAUGAACUGUACUACGGCUUCACCAGAUUCGCCAUUGAACUGAAUGAACUUUGCCCGGAACUGAAAGAUGUCCUGCCACGCACAGAUGCCCGAUUUAGGCCCGAUCAAAGGCAUCUGGAAGAAGGGAACUUGGAGAUGGCGUCCUCAGAUAAGCAGCGUAUCGAGGACCUGCAGAGGACCAGGAGGAAGUGUAACGAGGAGAACAACAUCAAACAGGAGCCACGCUUUUUCAAGAAAGUGGUCGAUGCCAAUCACAGGGAGAGAUGGGUCUCCAACAACAUGUACUGGGAGCUCCGCAAAAACCCCGGCUUCAUCAACAUGGAACCAACAGUGAACCUGUGGUAGCACAUGGAUUGCUCUGUACAUCAUGUAGUCAUCGCAGACAUGAAGGCGGUUACCUAUGCACAACAAGGUGUUAAAGAGAAACAUGUUAACGAUAAAACAUCCGUGUGCAUGGAUAUGAACGACUGCAGAGCUGAGGGACUGCCCGAUGCCCAGCAACCCCCUGUUGCCACAUGGUCAUCCGUCCAUGGAAACAACUCCUAGGAUCACCUUCAUUGUGCUUGUUGAAGUUGGGUUGUCAGGGCAACAAUCGCACCACUCAUACGUAGAUCUUUCCUCAGCUCCUUUGACUUCCGAGUAUGUCCUUGCCUUAAAAAGACACCCAUACAAGUCACGUGAUUUAGAGCUUUUUUUAGUUGGAGCCAUUUGAUUUCUGACGGCCGUCGGGUUAGACUAAUCUAUGAAGUAGACAUUUUGAUUACCUACGAUACCGUGCAUGUUUAGAGAGCAGCUUUCACUGGCAUUAGGCCGUAUUUACUAUAUCAUCAAUGUUGUAGAAAAAAAAGAGGUAUUUUUAUAAAAUAUCUUGGGACUCAGAAUUUAGUGAAAAAGUAUUAUGUGAAUUGGCAGAUUUUAUUUAUUUUUGCCUUUUAAUACUGUUGAAUCUUUGUGGUAGGAGUACUCUCUCUCUGGAAGCAACUCGUUUAAGUCACCUUGACUGCUGUCAAUGAAUUUUGGCAUCCUUAUAAGGAAUUUUUAAGGAGGAGCUCUUAAAGUCAAAUUGGUAGGAGGACCCCCAUCUUCCAAACCUACA